AUGCUAGCACUUAUUAACGAGAUUACUAGAAGCUACCACGAGAAGGUUUUAGAGCACUACGCAAACCCAAGAAAUGUUGGAACAUUCGCAAAAACCGUGGCUGGUGUGGGUACCGGUCUGGUGGGCGCUCCUGCGUGCGGGGAUGUAAUGAGGCUUCAGAUUAAAGUGAAGGACGACAUAAUUGAAGAUGUGAAGAUUAAAACGUUUGGCUGUGGGUCUGCAAUUGCAUCAAGUAGUUUAGCCUCUGAGAUGAUAAAGGGGAAAUCAAUAUAUGACGCAAUGAAUAUUAAGAAUACAGAAAUAGCAAAGGAGCUCUCUCUGCCGCCUGUUAAGCUGCACUGUUCGCUUUUAGCAGAAGAGGCAAUCAAAGCAGCAGUUGAAGACUACAUUUCAAAGAAGGGCAUAGAGUAG